GUUAGUAUCCGGUGGAAACCAAAACAAAGGCGAGAGGAAGCCGUGCUGGCACAGUAUUGUGUGUAUGGAAGGGGGCUUGCUCCUUACUAUGGAUGAAGCUCAGAGACUCUACGGGGGUGGGUAAUUCAGUGGUCCACAAGCGGUCUCCUUUACGUCGAAACCAAAAACCACCAAUAUCCUUGACCAAACUGUCCUCACGGGAUGGACAGAAAGCCAAAAAACCAGUGUGCAAAUUUGAAGAAGGCCAAGAUGUCUUAGCUAGAUGGUCAGAUGGCUUGUUUUAUCUUGGAACUAUCAAAAAGAUAAACAAACUCAAGCAGACCUGUUUUGUUAUAUUUGAAGACAGUUCCAAGUCCUGGAUUCUCUGGAAGGACAUACAAACAGGAGCUACUGAAAGUGGGGAAAUGGUCUGUACAAUAUGCCAGGAAGAAUAUUCAGACGCACCCAAUGAAAUAGUUAUUUGCGAUAAGUGUGGCCAAGGUUAUCAUCAGCUGUGUCACACACCAAAUAUUGAUUCUAGCGUGAUAGAUUCAGAUGAUAAAUGGCUUUGCCGGCAGUGUGUCUUUGCAACAACAACAAAGAGGGGGGGCGCACUUAAGAAAGGACCAAAUGCCAAAGCACUGCAAGUCAUGAAGCAGACAUUGCCUUACAAUUUAGCCGACCUUGAAUGGGAUGCCGGCCAUAAAACAAAUGCCCAACAGUGUUAUUGCUACUGUGGAGGUCCUGGAGAUUGGUAUUUAAAGAUGUUACAGUGCUGCAAAUGUAAACAGUGGUUCCAUGAGGCUUGUGUGCAGUGCCUCCAAAAGCCAAUGCUUUAUGGUGACAGGUUUUAUACAUUCAUUUGUUCAGUUUGUAGUUCUGGACCAGAAUACCUCAAACGUUUACCCUUGCAAUGGGUAGAUAUAGCACAUCUAUGCCUUUACAACCUAAGUGUUAUUCACAAAAAGAAAUAUUUUGAUUCAGAGCUUGAACUCAUGACAUAUAUUAAUGAAAAUUGGGAGCGACUCCACCCUGGUGAAUUGGCGGAUACCCCUAAAUCUGAAAGAUACCAACAUGUUCUGGAGGCAUUAAAUGAUUACAAGACAAUGUUUAUGUCUGGGAAGGAAAUAAAGAAGAAAAAACAUUUGUUUGGCUUGAGAAUUCGUGUUCCACCUUGCCCACCGAAUGCUACUUUUAAGGCUGAGAAGGAGCCUGAAGGAACUUCACAUGAAUUCAAAAUCAAGGGCAGAAAAUCUUCUAAACCUGUGCCUGAUCAGAGGGAAAUUACCAAUGGCGUUGAAAAGAAGGGAAAGAAAAAAUCUGUGGGCCGUCCACCUGGCCCAUAUACCAGAAAAAUGAUUCAGAAAAUGUCUGAGCCAACUCCUUUGGAGCCUGUUGUAGUGCAAGAAUCCCCUACUUUGGAUUUACCUAGCACUACUGGAAGAUCUGAUGGAACUGCACACUCUUCCAAUACCUCAGACGUGGAAUCCACCGGUGCUGCCAGUACAAAGGAAACUACCUCAAACAAUACUUCCAAGCAUUACAGUUUGUCUGACUCGAGAAAAAGGACACGUACAGGACGAACUUGGCCAGCUGCAAUACCACACUUAAGGAGAAGAGGACGCCUUCCAAGGAAAGCACUCCAGAUCCAGAACUCGGAAAUAGUGAAAGAUGAUGAAAGCAAAGAUGAUUAUCAAUACGAUGAACUCAAUACAGAGAUUCUGAAUAAUUUGGCUGACCAAGAGUUACAGCUUAAUCAUCUCAAGAACUCUAUUACCAGUUACUUUGGUGCAGCAGGUAGGAUAGCUUGUGGUGAAAAAUACCGUGUUUUGGCACGUCGGGUGACACUUGAUGGAAAGGUGCAGUAUCUUGUGGAGUGGGAAGGCGCAACUGCUUCCUGACUCUCGUACUGCCCAGAUCUAUUUAUAGACAUAGUUCAUAAAUCAGGGGUGCAGAAGGAAGGUGGUUUUUUUGUAUUUUUGAAAAUGGAAACCAAGUUAGCCUUAACUCUUGCUUCUUAACAGUAUAAACCUUGUGACAAAGAAUCUACCCAUUUAAAAUAAUCUGGAUUCUUUUUAAAAUGACAACUUUGGGAAUCUGGAAUUAUGGUUACUUUAAAAUAUGCACAAACUCAAAGAGACUUUUAGGAUACAUUCCAUUUUUGUUGUUGGUAGGGACUCUUUUCUAUAACUAGAACAAGUUUUUGGUAAAAUUCUUAAUCUUUUCUUACUGAAAUCUUUGCAAAAGUGUAUUUCUACUUUGACAACCCUAGAUUUUCAUAAGGUGCAGUGUAUAUAAUUCCUACUGAGGACUGUAAAAUAUUGAAAUCUUCUGUCAAGCAAAGUGUAAAAUAUAUAUAUGGAGCUUGUAAAUUGCUCUGUGACUAGACUUUGUUGUCUUUUUAAUAUAUUCUUUGCAUGUGUGUAUUUGUGUGAUUGUGACCUAUGCAAUAUAAAUUAUGGGAUUGGGCAGCUUCUGACUUUGUAUCCCAUAAUUCUUUUUAUCAGGAAUAGUUGCAGUAUUUACACAGCAGCAUUUCUUCUCAGGCUUUAUUGAGUGCUGUUGCUUACCAUGGACUACAGAAUAUGUGUCAAAUGAAUGCUGUGUGUUCUGACAUAAGUGCAGUCAAUGUCAUAUGCCUUUAGAAAAUGGUUUCAGUUGCGAUCCUGCUCUUUUGGUCUAGCGAUUGAGAGAUUUAGAGUGCCUCUCAGGUUCACAUGCUGCCUCCCCUUUGCAGGUUUCAUCCUCCUUUCAGCAUGAAGCAUGUUGAAAUGCUAUGUGUUCACUGAACGUCAUGGGCACCUCUUGGUGAGCUCUGGGAAAGACGGGGGGAUUUGGAGGAAGUGUAUGCUCCUGCUUUCUUAGCCAUGAAUAAUAAGAGAUCUAGAAAUAUUGCAUCUAUAGUGGGCCAGGUUGCUUGAGGGUUGCAAUCCUAUCCUUGUGUACUUGGGAGCAAAUCCUUUUGAAUUUGAAGGAAACUACCUUCUAAUCAGACAUCUGUAGGUCUGUGCUGUAAUUCUCCUUUAGAAAAAGUUAGUCAUUUGAGAAAAAUAUCAGGACUUUAACAUUUGAACCUGGACUCUGCUUAAGAAAAAAAGACAUCUAAGGAUUUGUGACAUACUGAUUGUAAAUUUUGUAUCCCAGUUUUUAAAAAAUGUCAGCAGGAAUCAUACAAGAUUCCUUUAUGUGAUGUUUUGUAGUUGUGUUUUAUAAACGUAGUUGGAAUAAAGUGUAUAAUUAAUUGCACAGGGUCAACAAACAGUAUGUUGCCACUUGAAGUAACAGUACUGCUAUUAUUACAAUAUUACCUCUUCUGUCCUUAGAAAUAUGAAUCCGUUUUUAAAUAACUUUAUUUUACUUGUAAUAUAACAAUUGCUUUUUUUUUGGCCGAGAUUAGAUGUCCGUUCUUUUAUCUGUUGAAGGUUUUUUUUGUACUUUUUUGCCAAAGAAUCAACACAGCAAUUUUAAUUUGGAUAUUCUGCAUUUUACUUCCUAAUGUUUUGCUGUUAGACAUGAGUUUAUCAACGAAGUAAAAACGUAAUAUUAAUGAAUUCUGUAGCAUUUAAACAUGACUUGCAUACUUAGACCAUAACUUUUUGAUAUUUAAUUUUUUAAAGCCUGUUGCAAUUGUCAAGGGAAAAGAAUUCCCUUUGACAGCAUAAUAUAUAGCCAAAGGAAGAAUAGACAAAUUGGUUGCCCUGUGCUUGUGGUUAGCUGACAGGCUUUACAAAGUCAUUAUUAGAAUAUACUUCUGAUUUCCUUCAUUAAAAAUGUGGGUCUUUUCCCCUCUCACGUCGUCUCAACUAUUACAAUAAAGUUGCCUUGCCUAUAGCUGCAAUAUUUUGAUAAGACGCAAGUUACUUCAUGAAUGUUGGUCUCUUGAAAUAAUGCAAAAUGUAGAUGUCUGUAAUGUUACAACCAGUUUCUUCAUUCAUUUUCUGCAGUCUUUUUAAUUGACACUGAACACCAGCAGUAUUUCCAGUAGGGCUUCCAUACUAAGAUACCAAUUGAAUUCAAGUUGGAGAGAAAACAUAACAAAUUAUCAACAGAAUUAAUUGUGAAUGUGUGUGAGUUUUCAUUUUGUCAAAGUGGCUAAUACAUUUGUAUUUCUGAAACUGUUUUCUAGAAUUUAAAAUCAAUAUUAAAUGUCUGUAUUUUUAAGAAAA